UGCAGCUUGAACAGUCGCGCAGUGUGGAGUGGAGCAGAGACGAGAGCUUGUUGCCUGUUGCGCACUCACAGUCACGCACAGACAGCGUCGCUCAGCAGCCGCGUGGAUGCUCGUGGAGCCUCGGAUGGACGUCUUUUAUUUUGUGAUUUUUUUUUAAAUACAUAUAUUAUCAUUGGAUUCCUAUUCCUGUCAGAUCCGUCCGCCGUGUUUUAUUUCCUCCACUGGGUCUCAUUUACAGCGUGGGACCUCAGGGAAAGUGACGCUCAGGUGCUCAAGACCGUCGACAUCACGACGCACAGACGUGAAAGACCUGUGUUCGCCGAGGGAUUCGCAGCGAUGCGCUGAAGACCUGGAGCCUGACGAUUCCACAGUGUGUGUGUCUGCUGCGCGUGCCCAUGUGUGUGUACGUGUGAGGGUGUGUGUGCGCGUGUGCGCGUGUGUGUGGCAGACCCUGUGUGUGGGCAUCUGUGCCGACACAUUCUGCUGAGUUUCGAGCAUCGUGGAGCCGAGGACGUAAGCCCAAGAGUAUGGUCCAACUGUCCACCUCAGUCUGCCUGCUGGGAGGCUUUUUGGGCCUCUGUCUGAUUGAACCUAUUCUGACGAGCCUGACGCCGUCCAGCAUGUGCACACCCUUGAGGACCCUCAACGACAGUCUCAGCCACAGGCGACGGUACAUGAAGCACUACUUCCCCUUUAACUACACCAUCAGGGUUCAUCAGAGGGAAGUCUUCAGACUGUCAAACAUCAGCAGAAUGAGGUCAAAGGUGAAAGGUGUGGAAGAUCUGCUUCUCCAGAGGCUGUGGUUCCAGGUCAACCAGGGUGUGUUAAAAAAGAUCAUCCGGGUUAUGCCAGAGAGACACCCUUCGCGUCCGUACACGGCUGAGCUGGAGCGACGCUUCAGGGACGCAGAGGGAGUCUUUGUGCAGUCGCAUCCAGCCGAGGUGUUUCAGCAAGAGCUCCCAGAGACCAUCCAGGACAUCUGGGACUAUUUAACAGAAGAGCCUGACAGAGUCCCAGAGUCCAGCUGGAGACUCGCGUCUCCGAAGUCCCUCCUGGACAACUUGUGCCAAACCAUGUUCUGCCUCUUCAGCGGCUGCUUCACCGGCGAAGAAGCACAACAGAACUACUGUGGAGUUUCCCAUUGGAAGAAAGGCAGGAAGAAAGACUUACGGCCUGAAAGCUGAGGAGAGGCCAGUGAGGGGGAAAAAAGGCCCUGUCCAUACUGAUUCGGGAUAAAAUCAUUGUCUCCCCUGAGCUGUUGGAAGACGGGGUCCUGUCACUCAGGAAACCCAACUUUUCUCUUCUCUGAGGCUGUGGGUUCAUAGGCUUCAUUCAUAGACUAAACUGAUGUAUGAUCAAUAUAUUAGAUACAUUCUUAUCUGAGGUUGGAUCUAUUUAAGAAGGGGAGCGCAGCAUGAGCCGCGGAAUCCUCGUCAGUGAAGGGGUACACAACUUCGCCUGGAGUGAUGACAUCACUGUCGCUUUGACAAAUCCAUUUUUCUUUUGCCCCAAAAAAAGUGUGCAAUGUGCUGCUGCGGGCAUGCACGCUUCACGUCAGAGACCCAACAAGAAGCAACACGAGAGACUACACAUCGGACUGUUAUUGGAAGAAAACAGCCGAGUUUGUAACGUAUACAGACUUCUCUUCUAUGACAUCACUGGGCAAGAGCAAGAGUGUUGGUGGAAUGAACUUUAAACCUAAAGCCAAACUGUUGUCAUGUCUUUAUUCCACAGCUUACAAUUUAAAGUGUUAUUAAGCCCAGGCAGCAUAAUCAAAAACUCCCCAUGGAGUUUUGCCUCCUUACAAGUAUUUAUUUCUAUAUUUUUAUCACACACAAAUGUUUAAGAGCUGAACAGUUCCCUCCUUCCGUCCUGCCUGCCAACUAUUCUUUAUUUUACACCAGGCAAAACUAUAAAAGUGACCAUCAGAAUUUACUUCUCAUAACCAGGAUGUUACAAGUGUCCCUGCCAAGUGUGUUGUAGAGUUAGCAUCGAAAUUCAAAAUAUCUUUAAUUUGUCCAUUGUGGGCUACUGUAAAAACACGGUGAUCCAAAAUUGCCGCGUAGCUGGAGCUGGAAAACAACAAUCAGGUAAUUCGCAUACAUAGUUGAGUCUCUGGAUACGUCCAGCAGACGAAAGUCGGGGUCACCAGCGAGGAAUUGACUAUGCAGAUGCAAAAGUCAUUUAUUUUUAUGAAUGAGUGCCCAGAAUAAAGAUGGCAUUUACCAUCACCACGUAACCCCCUUGUCACCCAAGUCCGCAGCAAUUUAAAGGGACCAUGGUCACUUGGCAACCAUAUUUACAACACAACCCACAUUUUAGUGUAUUAACCUACACGUACAGAUAAUGGUGAAUUAUGCUUAUACACUCACUACAGGCUCAUAAUAAGAACAUUAAGUAUCAAUAGUAUUCAUCUUCAAUUUCUGUAACUUUAACUUCACCUUCAUUUUACACACUGGACUUAUAAGUUGUGUCAGCUCAACUGUUUUGGUUUUCCCAGGUUUUUAUGGAUUUAAUGGAAAAGAAGCACCAUUUGUUUAAGUAAAACUUAGCCAAAUCACUGGUGAAGUUACUGACCUGAUGCGAUCGAGGCCAUGAGUAGGGAAAAGGCUAGUUGCUAAAGAAGCUAAAGCUAAAGUAGUUGCACCUGUUGUGUGGAGGUUGAAUUCAGCAAAGGUGAAGGAUGUAUUAUAAAAUGUACACUUACUGUGCAUCACCAGGUAAUUGAAACAAAGCUGACCAGGCAGCGUUGCUAUCAGCAUUCCUAAAUUAGCAACAGUAUGCUAGCUUAGCAAAACAGGUAAAGCUUAUUCCAGCCACUAAAAAAAACCCAAAAAACAACCUCACUGUGGUACUUUUACUCUUAAUUGCAUGUCCGUAUUAUUUGUUUGACGUUAAGUCAGAGUCGUACACAUCGUGACACAAUGUUAUUGAUGGUGAUCAUGAUGAAGGAAGAUUAAGGUAAUGUUUAGGUGAUUAUAGUUGGUCAGGACAUGAAGAAUAAAUAUGUGUGGGUGAAAUGUGUAGGAAGGAUUUAGUAAAAAAUCAUCAUACAGUAUAGAGAACAGAGAGUAUCGACCAUCUGGGAGGAACAGGAAUGACUUGUGAAGCAAAAUUUUACAGUUUGCAUUAAAAAAUGAAUAAAUGUGGUGUUUCAAUAAGAUUCUUGGUCCAUAAGUCUCACAGUAAUGGCCGCACAAAUGUCACUGUGUGAAUGUUACAGCUCACGGAUUCACUCCCACUGUCACAUUAUGUGUGGUUAUACCAUGUAAGUCUAUUUUGGACAGAGAAUGAUGAUGAAGUAUACAGCAGGGGUCUCAAACUCAGGUGACCUGGGGGCCAGCAGGGGGGCGGUCAUGUGGAAAAAAGUCAAUAGUAUAUCACAAUAUUCCAUAUGAUAUGAAAAUGAAUAUAUAAAAGACAUUAUUUUAAGUGGCGGGGCUGUAUGAAAUUGAUUGGGGGGCCACAUGUGGGCAAGUUUGAGACCUCUGGUAUACAGCAAUGGAAUGAUUAAACUUCGAAGGGAGCAACAUUUUCCCUCUGUAAUGAUGUCACAGACAAAUGACAAUUAUUGGUGUACAGUAUGUCUAUGAAUGCAGUAUGUGUAUUUGUAUUAUACUUAAUCAAUCAUAUGUUACUGUAUGGUUGCCUCUUUGUAACCAAGAUAAGAAAAUAUAUUUAAGGUGUAUUCAAAGACCCUUUAUUGUAAAAAAAUAAAGUUAUAUUUCCCCUCAAUUGACUGGCGAUGGCAGAAAGGCGAUAACUGCAAACACAUGGAUGGUUGUUGCCUGUGUUCUAAUAGAUUAGUUAGAUUUUAGAAACGGAUAUUUUGUACACAAGAUAUUAAAUUUAUUUAUUUUCUGGAAAUGUAUAAUGCUACGUGGCAAUACUUUUAUGGAAGAAAUAAAAAUUAAAUUGCUAUUUUUAUCAACUAA